UUCAUAUUUAUGCAGUAAGACAUAGAUAACCUUACUCAAUUCUGCCAUAGAUUAUAGAAAGAAAGCCGUCAAUGUCAAAAUUGACGUCCAAUGAAAUCCGACCGCGCAAAUUACGGAUUUCGUAUCGAUUUUCACUGCCGUAAAUAUUAAAACUUGACCUGUUACAGCAUUCCAAGUUCCUUUACUACCCUCGUCUCAAUGUCAACACAAUCGAAAACAAAAGCCAUGCCUCUAUUAGACUUGAAAAUGUACGUGCGAGUAGUGGCGGCAGUGUUCUCUAUUUCGUCUUCGACCGCGUUUGUGAUGGCUCUGCUUCGUUUAUUGAAGCCGGAAUUAUUCUAUUUGGAGCCAUUAUUCAGUAGCGAUUUGGGAGUUCACUAUUUCAUCUCCGGUCUAAUGAUCGUGACCAGCGCCAUAGGCUUCCUGAACAGCUGUAUUGUCAUGAACCGGAGCACAGCCCUGAAUACCGGUCGGAACAUUACAACAUGGUUGCUGCUUGAUUCACUGUUUGAGACUAGCCGGGUGGUGUAUGUUUUUGUGUCCGAGGUGGUGCUGAAAGGGAAGGGCCCGAUACAGUUGUAUGAUUUGCUGAUCAGCGCUGCACAAUAUUUGUUGGAUAGCUUCCUCUACUGCCAAAUGAUACUCAGACACUAGUACACGUGGAAAACUCGUAGUUUUAAAUUAUUAAAUAUAUAGCACUAUAUAGAUCCAAGAUUUAUAGCAUUUAGUGAAAAUCUUCCAAAGAAUAUUCUAGGCUAUACAUAGUUUAUUAUUUUCUCAAAAUUAUGAUCUUGAUAAUGUAAAAUAUGUAUUUUUCUAGAAGGAAAGAUACUUACUUGAUAUUUAAGGAAAGUUGUGGUUGAGAAAUUUGAUUUGUGAGCCAUUGAAAAGACAUGUCAAAAAAGUUUGUUUAUACAGUAAGACCAAACUUUGCAUGGCAUUUGCAAAAAACAAGUGUGGCAAUGUCAUCAUUGAUGUCAGAUUUAUAUUGAAAUAUGACAUUUGUGACACUCUCACACUUUGUUCUGCUGUUCAAUUAUUUUUUUAUACAGGAUGCUUUUGUUACCACUGCUGAUUAAACUGAGGGGUGAAUAUGUAGGUCAAUCGCGAAAAAAAUCAGCUGAUAGAAAACAUUGAUUCUGAUUCACCGAAAUGUAUGAGACGGCAGAUUUUUAUCCGCCAUUUCGGGGUUGUUAUAGUAAAAGUUGUUCAGUAUGACCAAAGAUAUAUAUAAGUCCGUAUAAGAUAAAUAAAGUCUAAGAAAAAAACGUGCCUCGAAAAAUCGAGAAAAAAAUAUGCACGAAUAGAUAGACCUUUGGCCUAUACUCAAGUAGAUGGCGACACCGUUUGAUAUAUAACACAUAUCAGCGAAAGAACAUGGGUCAAAUAUGCCAUUCUAAGUGUUUUAGUCCUGAGGCGAAAGAUGGCAGUAAAGGGUCUAGCAGGCUAAGCGAACAAGAAGUGCCCCCAACGACGGAUUUUGUCGAUAUUUCUGGUAGUGUACUGUUAGAUCCUAAGGACCCUCCAUGCUUAACAUCAGACCUCGAUUCUCUUUUGUUUGCGAGUUAUUCAGGAUAACGUAAAAUAAUUAGGGUAUCAUUAAGUAUUAAGUAUUAAGGGGUAGUAUUAAGUAGUCACUGGCAUUAUAUGUACAGAUAGAAGUACAUGAACGAUGACGUGUCAGCUUUAAUAACAUCUGACACAUAAUAUUAUCUGCAUUUGUUUUUUGCAUUUUGUAGUGGAAAAUGGAAAACAUUAAAUGCAAGUCUUGUAAAAAAACAUUAAAAAAUAUCCGUGGGAAACAAAAAUGCAUAGAAACAGAGCAAGAGGCUGAUUUAUAUAGCAAAUGCAGUAAUAUAUUAAUUUGCAUAAAUUAUUUAUUGUGUGGUAAGUGUCGACUUUUAGUGUAUAAACAUAAAGCAGUAGGUUGCAAACGCAGAGCCAGCAUCGCCAAUUGUAUUUUAAGUGUAAGUCUCUGGACUUUUAUAGUGCUACCUGCAGUGUGCUACUAUUAAUUAUUGUAACAAAAAAGUCUUAGUCCAAUUAGUUAUUAUUUUUGUUUGUUUUGUAUAACUUGCGAUGCUCACUGAUUUACUUUUGAUUUAGUAUAUAUUCUCAUUAAGUGAAAUGUAAAAUUUCUUUUGAGAAAUAAAGUUCUUUAAACAAUUGUUGUGCAUGUACUCGCAGAAGUUGAUGCUACUGCUUUAUGUUUAUACACUAAAAGCCGACACUUACCACACAAUAAAUCAUUUAUGCAAAUUAACAUAUUAGUGCAUUUGCUAUAUAAAUCAGCCUCUUGCUCUGUUUCUAUGCAUUUUUGUUUCCCACGUAUAUUUUUUAAUGUUUUUUUACAAGACUUGCACUUAAUGUUUUCCAUUUUCCACUACAAAAUGCAAAAAACAAAUGCAGAUAAUAUUAUGUGUCAGAUGUUAUCAAAGCUGACACGUCAUCGUUGAUGUACUUCUAUCUGUACAUAUAAUGCCAGUGACUACUUAUUGGAGAAUCGUUUUUUUUUGACAUGAAGCACAAACAUUUGUGCAAAUAUUUUUAUAUGUGUAUGUAGUGGGAAUUAGUGGCUACUUAUGCAUUUUUUUUUGGAGGUGUACCUCCGCGAAAAGUAAAAAAAAAAUGGAAGGAAAAAAAUAUUUUUAUUUUUUGCAAUGAAGUUUAAGGACAGGAUGCUGGUAAAAAAUAUGCAUUUUGUAGUUUUUUUUAUUGUUAUCAAAUAUAAUUUUGUUUGGUUCACGUAACUUGAAUCGUUUAUAAAAUAUGACACUUUCAAUGAUACCCUAAUUAUUUUACGUUAUCCUGAAUAACUCGCAAACAAAAGAGAAUCGAGGUCUGAUGUUAAGCAUGGAGGGUCCUUAGGACCUAAUAGUACACUACCAGAAAUAUCGACAAAAUCCGUCGUUGGGGGCACUUCUUGUUCGCUUAGCCUGCUAGACCCUUUAGUAGACUACAAAAUUUACUUUGACAAUACGCCUUUAUACUAAAUUCCCUUUGGUAUGCCUACAUAUUCACAAAAGCAUCCUGUAGAUACCAGGAUUUGAGAAUUUCUGUGUUGUGUACCUGUAUAAGGGAUUUGCCACACUGGAUGCGUUCUGCGGUCUGCGGUCAUGUUACAUAAAUUUCAAUUUACUGACCUGACCGCAGACUGCAGAACGUAUCCAGUGUGGCAAAUCCUUUAGGCUGCUUCUCCAAUGAGGCGGAAAUGAUAGACGUGCGCAAAAUCAACCAAUAGCAUUGAUUGUAACCAAGCAGAGCAGAGAAUCUUUCUUCUCCGCAUCAGUGGAAAGUCAGCCUUAUUGUGUCGUAAUGAUAUAUAAUCAAAUUUCCUGUAUUGCUUUAAUUUUGAGCUUAUUAUGGUCAAUAUUGAGAUUAAUUUAGAGGUGCUGUGAUUUUGAACAUAUUGAAAGCAGGGUUUGAGAGCAAAUUUGUGUUUACUAUGGCUUCGCGAUGCUAUUUUAACUAAAUACGUGAUAAGUAAAACGAAAAAACUUCUAGGUACUAGUAUAGGUACAGUCAGCCAAGAAAGUGGUUUACCACUUUUCGACUCUAUUACUUGACAAAUAGAGUCGAAAAGUGGUAAACCACUCUCUUGGCUGACUGUACCACUCCUUUGCGUCGCGCAGUUGAGUCAGUAACUUACGCCUGUCCACACCGGAUGCGUGUGUGUAGACGUGCGCGAGUAAUGUCGUAUAAUCCUUAUAAGUUAGAGGCAUGGCACACUGCAUCCGAUUCUCACGUCGCUCCGAAGUUUGAGCGAGACAACGCUAUGCGCGUAUUAGAGCGACAUCCCGCUCGCACGUUGGAGCGACUUGCGAAUCGGAUGCAGUGUGCCAUCCCUCGUAAGGUACACCGCUUGCGUGACGUGUGCGUACACGGCUCCAACAUUCUAGCGCACACGCACAUGCACUUCUUCGCACACGCAGCCUGUAUGUUCUCGCGAUUUAUUGAUUUCUUUCGAAUAAAGGCACUGAAUGUAAAAUUGUCCAUAUAUAUCACUCAGCGGGGCAGCCGGCCGCGGCCUAGCCAGACAAUCGCUAUCGCUUCGACAACGAAACGCUUUGUCUCUCUAUCACUCUUCCAUAUUAGUGCGACAGUGACAGUUGCGUUUCGAUCGCUACGGAGCGUAAACGAUUUGCACGUUGGCUACGCGGCCAGGAAAGACAAUUUAAACAGGACUGAUUCUGAGAACAUACUGAAUCUGAUUAUAAACGAGGCCUGCGCACACCGGAUGUGCGCGCUGUAGUAUACAGAUAUUUAUGAGAGAUGGCACACUGCUUGCGUGAAGAGUGCGUGCAUGGCUCUAACAAUUUGGCAACACGCAGCCGUGCUCUGGGCUUUAAUCAUAUUGUAUUGGUAACUUUAGUAUGUUUUUUAUUAAUAUAAUAAUGUAAGUAUAAAUUUUAUGAGCUAGGCGCAGAAAAGGAGCGUCCAAAUAUGAUAUCUUAGUGUAAGGUCUGAGUGGAUGCUCGAGUUGGGCGUGCGGCGUGCAUGUUAAAAAUGCAAACGUAUAGGAGCGGCCUUAGUGCACGCUGCUCACAUCACUUUUGUGAGCCCGACGCCACGCUGCACGCCCCGCCGAACGCUCCGCUUCGAGCGUCCACACAGGCCUUACACUCAUUAUGUUUUAUUUUUUAACAAAAAUAUAGCCAAUACUCAUAAUUGUAAGCCUGAAAAAAAAACAAAACAUUCCAAGUGUAGAUAAAUUCAUUUGUAGAUUAUUUUAGAAUUUGAUUGCCUGGAUAUAAGAGUAAAUAUCACAAUUUAAAAAAAACCUUUUAUGUAAAAUAUCUUAUAAUGCUUAAAACUUUUACGCUAUCAUCUAUUUUUUCAUAGAGAACUUAGCAAAAAGAUGUAUACCUACUAUGAGUAUUAUUGUACUAGUUAUAUAAGUAACUGAUGUAGUGAGAGUGAGAUCGACUGUUGAAUUUUAUCCACUACAUAAAGUAAAUCUGUGUAAUAAGGAAUAUUACGCAAAACUCUGCGUAGGGGGCGCCACUACCACAAUCCAUCACAGUCUCGGGGCCAAACAAACCGCCAUAUUUUAUUAUCUGUGAAAACUGGUCAAAAAAACAGUUUAAGGCACAGUAUAAGUUACUCUAUGGUUAGAUAGGUGCUAGUGCUGCACUCUGGCGGCAGAACAUUGCAGUAAUACUCCCUAUUGCAACUAAGAGCCCCUAAAGCUACAGUUGUCGAGGGAGUUAGGAGUCCCCGGCAUGUUUGGCCGAAUUUCACCUUCCUUCAAACGGAGUUUCGUUCUCACUCUAAAACUACGUGUUGGAUUGUAAUGAAACUUUGCACAUACAAUGACAUGAGGUAUAUCUAGCAGGGAUCGGAACCGGUUUUUAGCAAAAACAUCGAAAUAACCAUAUAUUUCGGUUUAUUUUAUACUCUAAAUGUAGGACUUAGUUGUGUUUUCAGAUAACGACUUCGUAUUAUUAGACUGCCUAAUUAGAAAUGAAGUAAUUAACAAAGAACGAAAAAAUACCGUUUCCGUUCCCAUACAAAAAAUACCGGUUUCCGAUCCCUGAUAUCUAGUCCUGUGAUUAGUUUAUAUAGCUUCAGUUUAUAAAACAAAUUUGAACAAAAAAAAGUUUUGUAUGAAAAACUUAAUUCGCUGUAUUUUUUAACUAUGGUAUCUGAAGCUACAUAAACUAAUUACAGCCUAUACCUUAUCCUGUUGUAAGUACAAAUUUUCAGAGCAAUCUAGCUAGUCGUUCUAAAUGAGAGCGUAACUACGUUUGUAUGGAGAACGGAGCUAGCUGGGGACCCUUAAGCCUUAUUGUUAAGAGUAGCCAAUUGCUGUGUAGUGGGCAAUAACUAUAGCAGUCACCUUAUGCCUGGUGGUUAAAUGGCGGCAACGCUCUUACAACCGCUCUGUUGCAGGUGUCCAAAGGCGAUGGUAACUGCUUAACAUUAGGCAAUUUGUCUGUUCGUUUGCCUUGGACAUCAAUAAAAUCAGAGGGCUUACCGCGAACCAUGUUCGAUGUGUUGUCCCGGUCACACUUACGUACGAAUUUACAAGUGCGACAGAGAGGCAACACGUCGAACGUGGUUCGCGGGCCCUGUGAUGGGUGCAGCGCAUCCACAAUGGAUAUAGAUCGUGUCAUUCACGAAGACGCGUGCCUUAACUCGUAACGUCAUGUUAUUAAAGGUUAGAUUUGACAAAUCUGCGCGUCACCGUGGAUGACACGAAUAUGCACCCCACUUUUAUAUCUAGAAGUAGGCGCAUUUGUUCCGUACUUGAAAAUGCAAUAACUGGGUGUCUAGCCAAGAUGCCAAUCGUAGCGAACGAUACGCUAUAAUGUUGUUCCGUCGCAUUAAUAUGGAAUAGUGAUAGAGAGAGAUUACCGUUUCGUUCGGUACGGCGCAAACGAUUGGCAUCUUGGCUAGGCCCUGUGAUCUAAUACAUUCAACAAUUUUAAAGGUGCAUUUACUUCAAAGUCAUAGACAGAGUUGGUUUCAUUUUUACUUUAAUUUUCCCCAAAGUAGACGACAUAGGUGCAUCAAAAAUUUGGCCGUUAUAAUCAGGACUAAAGAAGGUAUUAAUCUCGAGCCCUUUUCAUAAACAGAUGAGACUUGUUAUUUCUUCCCACCGAUAUCACAAAGUUUAAUUAUUCGUCAUACAAUCUUAUAAAUCUUGUCAAAAUUCUAGUCAAAAUUGUUUGGUGCUCUAGAUUCAGUGUCCAUUCGAUUGUUAAAUUGUUUUAAGCGUGUCCUAAUUGCCUGUACAUUUGUAACGGCGAAGGCAGGUUGUUACUGAGAAACAAUAAACGUUAUAGAUCUUA